CACUAACCAAAUUCUGCAGCCAUUGAAAUCCAAAACCCACCAUUCAGUCUCCCCACAAAGAGCUUGGGACCAAUGUUCCUCUCUCUGUCUCUCUCUCAGUAAUAGGCAUUAAGUAGAUUCUGCAACGAUGAGAACCAGGACCCACUACUACAGUCUCUCACCACAAAGAGCUUGAUACCAAUGAUGCUCUCUCUCUCUCUCUCUCUCUCUCUCUCUCUUUAUCCUCUGUAAUGGGCAUUAACAAGAUUCUGCAGACAUGAAGAUGAAGACCCAACAUUUCUCUAUCUCUACAAAGAGUGGUAGUGGUUACAGUAGCGAAAGCAGUUCUUCGAGUCCACCUUCCUCCCCAAGGCGACUCUCUCGUGGCCCACAUUACCGGCGCUGUCUACGGUCGAAGGUUCACUCCCAGACACAUCAUCGAGAGAGCUUCUUCUCCUCUGUCCUCCUCCGCUGCAAUGUACGGCUUUUCCUUCUCUUGCCCCUGUUUUACUUCUCUGGGUUGCUCAUGUGCGUUGGCACCUUCUCUGCUCUCCUCCGUUCUGUUCCUCCUAUUCCUGGGUCGGUGUACCGAAGCCCCGAGAUUUUCCGCAAGCUCUGGCCUGAAAUUCAGUCCGAUAAUGCAUCCGCCAUUGAGUUGUCUUCCGUAUGGAAGUACAGAAGGAGGCUGACAGAAAGGAAAAACUGUUCAAGUGCCACUACUGGAGGACGCUCUGGGUCCACACAACCUUCUGGUUACUUGAUUGUUGAGGCUAAUGGUGGUCUUAAUCAACAACGCUCAUCAAUAUGCAAUGCGGUGGCUGUGGCAGGGCUUUUGAAUGCUGUGCUGGUCAUCCCUCAGUUUCAGUUCCAUAGUGUGUGGAGGGACCCAAGUGGAUUUGGAGACAUAUAUGAUGAAGACCAUUUUAUUACCACACUGAGAGGCUAUGUGACUGUGGUACGGGAAUUACCUGAGGCAUUGAUGGAAAGAUACGAUAACAACAUGAGUAAUAUACCAAUCUUCAGAGCCAAAGCUUGGGCUCCAGCCAGUUAUUAUUUGGGAGAAGUUUACCCUAUCUUGCAAAAACAAGGGGUUAUCCGCAUAUCGCCCUUUGCGAACAGAUUGGCAAUGGAAGUUCCAUCUAAUAUUCAAUAUCUUAGAUGCUUAGCCAAUUAUGAAGCACUGAGAUUUUCUACUCCUAUUGCAAAACUAGCAAAGGAAUUAGUCAAUCGCAUGAUUAAGAAGAGCUCAAUGAGUAGUGGGAAGUAUGUCUCCAUCCACCUUCGUUUUGAGGAGGAUAUGGUGGCUUUCUCAUGCUGUGUGUACGAUGGAGGGAAGACUGAAAAGUUAGAAAUGGAUUCAGUUCGUGAAAAGGGGUGGAGAGGAAAGUUUAAAAGUAAAAAUCGUGUGAUCGAACCUGGCAUAAAUAGAAUCAAUGGAAGAUGUCCACUAACUCCCUUGGAGGUUGGAAUGAUGCUAUGGGGCAUGGGUUUUGACAACACCACCUCGAUUUUUCUUGCAUCUGGAAAAAUAUACCAGGCAGAGAGGAAUCUGGCUCCACUACUGAAGAUGUUUCCCCUUCUCCAAGCCAAGGACUCUCUUGCCACUAAGGAGGAGCUUGCAUCUUUUGAGGGCUAUUCUUCGAAGUUGGCUGCUUUGGACUAUACUGUUUGCUUGUUUAGCGAAGUUUUUGUGACAACACAAGGGGGCAACUUCCCUCAUUUUCUUAUGGGCCAUAGACGGUUCCUUUAUAAUGGACAUGCUAAAACAAUCAAACCAGACAAACAAAAGCUAGUUUUUUUACUGCAAGACACUACCAUAAGCUGGAAAUCUUUCAAGGAGCAGAUGAAAUUAAUGCGCUUAAAAAAUGACCGGGUAAUGGUAACUAGAACUAAAAAGUCUAGCAAAAGAUCAUCUAUCUACUCUUCUUCUUUGCCAGAAUGCUGGUGUCUCCAGGGAUCACCAAAUUUUACAGUUGGGUCACCCAUGCUUGGCCACCAGCUCAAUUAUUUAGUGUAAGAAUUUAGCGGCAGCAGUAGUUACUCUCUGGUGGAGCCGCUGUCAUUUAUCUUCUGAUGGCACAUUACAAACUGCUUCCUUUUCUUUUCUCAUUUUCUGUAAUUCUUUCUUAACAAUUUUCUCCCCUACUACCACAAUGCCUGUUUUACGUGGUAAUUGAGUUGCUUCUGUUGUAUAGGCUAAAUGCAGGGGUUAGGUAGGUGAGCUGCUACUGUUGUAUAGCUUGUUGCAGGUUUGUGGAUUUUGAUCCAUGUGGGGGGGGGGGGGGGGAGUUAAAUCAGUUCUCUGUUGGUGUAAUUUACAAAGA